UCUGUGAGGAAGAAAGGGGAAAAAGCCCUAACUAUAUAUACAUAGCAUUCACCACAAAUCGUUCCUCUUUAUUAGUAAAAUCGGAAGAAGCAGCAGCCUUGGCCAUUUUUUCUUAGCUUCCAAAUCUCUCAGAAUAAGAAAAUGAAGGUUAUUGCUGCUUAUUUGUUGGCUGUGUUGGGUGGUAACAAAUCCCCAUCUGGUGCAGAUUUGAAGAAGAUCCUUGGUUCUGUUGGAGCUGAUGCUGAUGAGGAUAGGAUUGAACUCCUCUUGUCCCAAGUCAAGGGCAAGGAUAUCACUGAGCUGAUUGCUGCUGGCAGGGAGAAGUUGGCUUCAGUACCCGCCGGUGGUGGUGGUGGUGUUGCAGUAGCUGCAUCUGCUGGUGGCGCUGCUGCAGCACCAGCGGCCGAGGAGAAGAAAGAAGAAAAGAAGGUGGAAGAGAAAGAGGAAUCUGAUGACGACAUGGGCUUCAGUCUCUUCGAUUAGAGGGUGGUUUUACUGGUUUCUAUAUGAAGGGCCCUGUUCCCCAUUUCCCCCCGAGUUUAUUCUGGGAGUCUUUUUGUCAACUUACUGAUUUCAUUUUUAGUUUAGUUAAUGAAACCUAUAUUUUGCUUGGUAAACAUUCUAAGGCAAUUGGAAAUUACUACUAGUAUUGUUGGAUUUGAUUU